UCAGCAACAAAAAUCAUCAUCAGUAGCUCGGAUUCAGUUCCGUUGCAAACCAUCGCACGAGACGAACUGUGCGAGAGCGCUACGCCUGGUUUCUCUCUUUCUCUCUCUGUAUACAUACAUAUAUAUAUAUAUAUAUAUUUCUCCCUUGCUAACGGGUGCGCGCGGUGUAGUGUGUGUAUAUAUACCCUCUGCUCUGCCGGGACGCCCGGAAAUGUUGUUUGUCUCCGUAACCGGAAAAAAAAAGUUUUACAAUUAAUUCCUUAGAGAUAUGCGACAUAUUCUAAGAAUACACGAAAAUAUCUCUUAAAAUUCAUCAAGUUAAUCAAGUAAAUCAAGUUAAUCAAGUUAAUCAAGUAUUCAUCAUACAUUCAGUAUUCAUCACACCUAUAAGUUGUCACCUAUCUUGACAACUUUUUUUUCCACACACUAGAGAGAGAGAAAUUGGAGAAAAAUAGAUGUGGAAAGAUCAAGAUCAAGUUGUUCGUGAGACGAACGAUGGCCAAUAGUUGGCAGUGUGCCACAAACCGUAAAGGACGUUUUAUGUGAGUUGGAAGUUUCAAGAAGAAGAGGAAGAGAAAAGGGAGAGGGAGAGAGAGAGUAUGUACAAGUUACAAAGGUCCUCGGACCCCAGUGUCCCUCGAGUGUUAGUGAUCUAUCGAUCCAGUUUCACAACCACGAGAUCUUCAAUAUCGCCCCAUUGACCUGUUGUUAUAUCAACACGCGGAAAGACUUUUUUUGGCCAGUGCGAAUAGAAAAGCCAAACCAUCCGGAAAAAAUCCCCUUUUCGUCGUGAGUUGCUUUUCGUUCUCCGCUUUUUUUUUCGAGGAUCUCUUCUCUUUCUCUCUCCGCAAAACGAAUACUUAAAGUGAGCAAAAUUGGAUUUCGCUUGCCAAGCGAGAGUUCAACAAGUUUUAGGAAAGUGCGGUGUUCAUCCCCCCCCCUCUCUCUCUCUUUCGCGAGAGAGAGAUACAUGUAUAUGCUGUUUCAUUCGACGAAAAUUCGUGCUGAAUAGCCAGUCAGGAAACUUCUAAUCAAUUGGAGGAAUUAAAAAUGUGGCAGAAGUGUGGUUCGUGUUUGGGUCACAGAUAAUCAAGAGCCGCAGAUCUGGAUUCGUUUGUCUGUUUUUGGUAUAUCGUGAGGAUAAAAAACGACGUGGAGAAAAAUAAUCCUUGGUUAUGACGGCGAAAUCGGGAGGUUCGAAAGCGUCCACGGCUCUAAAGUGAGUAGCCGCUGACACGGAAUUUGCAUUGUUUUUUUUCAUAUUUUUUUUUUAAAAAGUAAUUGUUGUGUUUUUGACGAAUCAUCGAAAAAAAGAGAGGUCUUUUUAAAACCCAUCCCUAGAAAAAAGAAAUACUCUUCCAAAAAUGAUCAUUGCUGUUCAAUAAAGGAUUUCAUCGGCGUGUGAACUCGACUAAAUCGAGUUACGUGCCGUUAAAGAAAGAAAAAAAAAGGAAGGAAAAGAGGAAAAAAUUUAAAGAAGAAGAGAAAAAAUAAGGAGAGGGAAAAAAAUGUCGAGACGUUGGACGGUACAAAAUCACAAAAUGUCGACGAUCCUCUUACCUCAUCACAAUACAUCCAACGUCAGGAUUACACCACUGCCACGAAUAAGGCCUUGGAUUGUGGUUACUUGUUUUCAAAUUUUGCUGCUCACCGUCCUACCUCGAGAAAGUCUUGGCGGAAAAUACGAGAGAACUUUGCUGAAUCAUCUUCUGGCGAAUUAUAACACCCUAGAGAGACCGGUGGCUAACGAAAGUGAACCUCUUGAAGUAAAAUUUGGCAUCACGUUGCAGCAAAUCAUUGAUGUGGAUGAAAAGAAUCAAAUUUUAACGACAAAUGCGUGGCUAAAAUUGGAAUGGACAGAUUACAAUCUCCAGUGGAACGAGUCAGAAUAUGGUGGAGUUAAAGGUCUUCGUAUCACACCCAACAAGUUGUGGAAACCUGACGUCCUCAUGUACAACAGUGCGGAUGAGGGUUUCGACGGGACGUUCCAAACAAACGUGGUGGUCACGCAUAACGGCAGUUGCCUGUACGUCCCUCCGGGCAUCUUCAAGAGCACAUGCAAGAUAGACAUCACUUGGUUCCCCUUUGACGACCAACACUGUGACAUGAAGUUCGGAUCCUGGACCUACGACGGCAACCAGCUCGAUCUGGUUCUCAACUCGGAGGAAGGAGGUGACUUGUCCGAUUUCAUCACGAACGGGGAAUGGUAUCUCAUCGGAAUGCCAGGAAAGAAGAACACCAUCAAUUAUCAAUGCUGUCCAGAACCCUAUGUUGACAUCACAUUCACAAUUAAAAUUCGAAGACGUACCCUCUACUAUUUCUUUAAUCUCAUCGUGCCCUGCGUUCUUAUUUCGAGUAUGGCGCUGCUUGGCUUCACUCUACCACCUGAUUCAGGAGAAAAACUCACGUUAGGGGUGACCAUCCUGCUGUCGCUCACAGUGUUCCUGAACCUCGUUGCAGAAAGUAUGCCGACAACUUCGGACGCUGUUCCCUUAAUAGGGACGUAUUUCAAUUGCAUCAUGUUCAUGGUGGCUAGCAGCGUUGUACUUACCGUUGUGGUGCUCAAUUAUCAUCAUCGAACUGCCGAUAUUCACGAGAUGCCAAAUUGGAUAAAAAGGGUAUUUCUACAAUGGUUACCGUGGAUUCUAAGAAUGUCACGACCUGGUAAACCAAUUACGAGGAAGACCAUUCUAAUGAGUAAUCGAAUGAAGGAACUCGAACUUCAAGAGAGGAGUAGUAAAAGUCUAUUGGCGAAUGUUUUAGAUAUCGAUGAUGACUUUCGUCACGGCGGUGUCAACAGUGCAAAUCCAACUACCGGUUACAUACGGUCGGUGUACGGUACACCGUUGACUGGUCGACCUGCCACCGUCGAGGAGACUUCAGCUUCGCUCCCCCUCAGCGGUACACAGAGGGAAUUACAAACGAUUCUCAAAGAACUUCAAUUCAUAACGGGACGAAUGAAGAAAGCUGACGGUGAAGCCGAAGUCAUUAGCGAUUGGAAAUUUGCAGCAAUGGUCGUUGAUAGGACUUGCUUGAUCAUCUUUACGUUAUUCACGCUGAUAGCGACGGUAGCCGUAUUGCUUUCCGCGCCUCAUAUAAUCGUCCAGUAAUAGAUUAGCGAUAAGUCGUCGUGAUCAAAUUCGAAGAAAAAUCCUGCAGCUACGAUUCCCUGGCAUGAGAUUUCGCAGAUUGAAUUCCUGAUGCGUGUGUGUAUAUGUGUGUAUUGGAGCGUUGACGCCCCCAUAACACCAAGGACUCCAGAUGCGAAAUGAGAUUGACCUGGUGUCACAUGCCAAGUGAAGUAGAGAGAGAGC